AUGAGCCUCAACGAGGGCCGGCCGAACCACUUCGGCGUGUUUCGAGCGGGCGUGUACGUGCAGGAGAUGCGCAUGCUCGAGGCCAAGAUCUUGGAGCUGGUGCAGCAGGCGGACAAUCCCCGCGAGGAGAAGAACGCCGGGCUGGAGACCACCACGGUCGCUGCCGGCAUACGGAACUGCGUGGCGAGGCUUUGGUGGUCCCGGCACGCCGGCGAGAACGGGGAGACUAUGACGUGGGAGGCGUUCGAGGAAGCGUUUCAGACAGACUUCGGCGCCCAGCUUCCGAAAACCCUGGACGUCCUCCGGAAGCACAUCGCCGUCCAAGGCGAUGACUACCGCGCCGCCCCCGUGCCAUCCACCGCCCUACCGCCGCCGCCACCGUCGCUCCGCAACCACCGGCCAACCGCCACCACCACCACGACCUCCCCCCGGGGGCGCCGCGCCGGAGAAUCAACGCCUGCACGAUCGCAGCAGAACGGGGCUUCUCGAGACUACUUUCGUCCGUGCGGCGGGAGCGGGAAGGCGCGGGGCAAAGGCGUGGAGGGGCAGACGCUGACGGUAGAAGAAGCGGCGGCAGCGGGCGGCAUCGGCGAGGAAGAAACCAGCGCCACUUGGCGCGUGACCGCCAGCCUCUACGAGGAGGUGACGUGGGCACACGGCGGUCUGUACGAGGCCUUCCAGGCGCUGGCGGACCCUAGGAGGGUGGUGUUCGCGAUGGGGGUGGUCGACGACGGGCCUCACCACGAGGUCGGCGAGGGCGGGGAGGGGUGGUCGGACGUCUCGCCGGUGGUGGUGCAGGGAUUGCUGGGGCUUUCGGUGCAGCAGGUGUGCUGCGGGGGGCAACACGCGGCCGUCCUGACGGACUGCGGCGAGAUAUUCACGUGGGGGCGGGGUGGGUUCGGGCGGCUGGGGCACGGCAACAGGGAGGGGCUGGAGUCACCUAGGAGGAUAGAGGCGCUGGAAGGGAUCCCCUGCGUGCAGGUGGCGUGCGGGUUCGCGUACACGGCGGCGGUGACGGCCUCGGGGGAGUUAUACACGUGGGGGGCGGGAGAGAACGGCCGGUUGGGCCUUGGGGACGUCGCGGACAGGCACACGCCUUCUAGAGUGGAGGGUCUCCACAGCAAGGUGAAGGAGGUCUACGCCGGGUCGGUCCACUCGUGCGUGCUGACUCGCGAGGGCACCGUCUACGCCUUCGGCAAGCACGAGUACACGGGGCACGGGGACCACGAGGACGUCCUGGACCCUCGGCUCAUACCCACCUUCUCCGGCGGGAGCGGGGCCCUCGUGCGGCAGAUCAGCGUCGGGCCCGGGGGCUACCACACCAUGGCCCUGACGUGUCAGGGCCAAGUGUACGCGUGGGGUCACAACCGAGUCGCUCAGCUAGGCAUCGGAAACUCCUUCACCGUGCCGAGGAACAUGGAGGGAGCCUACUUCUUGCCAAGCCCUCAGCUGGUGGAGUCUCUUGUGGGCAUGAACAUCGUGAAGGUUGUGGCGGGGUGGGGGCACAGCGCGGCUCUGACGGUGGACGGCCAGCUGUACGUGUGCGGGCGGAACUACCAGGGGCAGCUAGGGCUCGGCAGCCCUCAGGGAUUUCCUCAAAACGAAAGAGGUCAUCCCUUCCAGGCGGACUUUUGCCUCAUCGACCGUCUCCAGCACCUCAAGAUCAAGCAGAUCGCGUGCGGCGGCGAGCACUCGGUAGCCGUUGCGGAGAACGGGGAGGUGUGGUCGUUCGGGGCCGGUCAAAAAGGCCAGCUGGGACACGAGUCGACCACUAGGGAAGACUUCCCCCGUCUCGUGCAGGCUCUCAAGAGUACCAGGCGGGAGAUUAUGCACGUAGCGUGCGGCAACAACUGCACGCUGGUGCUUGCUGGAGGGGUGGCCUUCCCGACGCUGUUCGAGAUGACCGCCUCGGUGGUCAGAGGAAACCCCAGGCUCUGGGAGGACGUCGAGUCGUUGGGCCUGCUCCCGCCGAGCGUGAUGGACAGCCUCAACAGAGUCGUCUCGGACUGAAAUCGAAAUCCAGGGACAACGGACGCCACCUUACAAAUCCGGAUGAGACGCUCCUCGUCGCCCAGGGGCAACGAACGUUAACGUUAGUUUUUUUUUUUUUGUGCGGACCCUGGUUUCGUCGGAGUCAUGGAAAAUCGUCCGUCUUGGUCACGGGGCGGGGGUGGGUGGGUGGGCGCCGAAUCCGAAUCCGUAAACCCUGCGCUCUCGGGAAAACGCGGAGAAUGAAGGCCAUCACCAACGCCGCUGCCGUCCCCGUGCUGUUGCACGCGGCUGGGAUAGUACGCGACCACAACACCCCACCAAGCGAAGAUCAACGAACGCCCUUGGGCCGUUCCAGGGGGAAACAUUUAGUCGGUGACAGAUGUCGGUGACAAGAAAUAAUGGUGGAUUGGCUGGCUGGCUGCUCACAAACCGACAACAACGGAGUGCCAAAUGAUGAAGACAUGUAGAUGUUGAUUGUCGCCGCUCCCCACCGUGACAAGUCGUCCGACCAACUUUUUUUUGUUGCUUUUCGCGCGCUCGCGCCGCCUGGAUCCUGAUCCCGCACGCACCCUGUUCAGCUGUACCCCCCCGCGGUCACAGCGGGAAAACAGUGCGUAAUCAUCUUCAGAAACAGAGAUUGCGCUCUCUGUCGAAUCGACUUGGCUCCGGUAGACGGGUUCGUUCGUCGUUGUUUUUUUUUGCUUUUUGGUGAUGAAGUGAAAAAUGUGUAUACUGCUGUGUUUUGAAGCGCUUCGCCAUUCUGGCGGGUGCGCUUGUUUUGGCGAAACUUCUUGGCAAGGGCCAGUAAUUGUUAUAUGUGGUAUAAACGUGUCGACAAAGCGGUGCUGAAUGUGUUGGGGCUGUUUUGUUUGUCCGUCGGAAACGACAAGGGACCGCAGCGGAAAUGACCCAUGGGGACGAAAUAAAGUGAAUCGCGAGGCUGCGUAUUGGUGUGUGUAUGCUCAUUUGUGUGUAUUUUUUUCUGUUCCUCGUCUGUUUUGGGCCGACUGGUGUUCUCGCUCUCUUUUAGAGCUAUAUUCUCUUCUUCUCGCCUUUCUGCAGAACGGAUGAAUAUAGGUAGAGAUCCCUUUGGUGUUUGCUGCUGCCAAGCGCACUACCUUUUAGGGCGCGGUCAAUCUCAAAAGCGCACAAGCCAGCGGUCAGUGUCUGCCGCGACUUUUUCGAUCUUCUUCGUUGGUUUGGCGCUCUUCGGCGUGUGUAUUGGUUGAUGCGUGCGGUGUGUGUGCGCGCCUUUGGUUUGUCUAGCGUCGACCGCGUUGUUUUGUGUGUACUCAUAUUUCGCACCGACCGACCGCUCUGAUCGGCUGGCUGCCCACAAUGAAGAGACGCCAGUCUACGUGCGGCUAAUAACGGAAGACGCUUGUAGUAAAAAAAGGUCAUGGCCUGGGCCCCCUUUUACUGUGUGUGCGUGUGUUUUUGCAGAUUUGCUUGUUGGGUGCCUCAAAGGGCGCGUGUGCUGCCCCGGGUUUUGCCGCAUGUUGCUCCAUCAGAAUGCAACUCGGCUGGCCGCAAUUCAACACCCAAAACUCACGGCUUUGUUUUUUUUAGUUAUCCGUGAAAGGCUGCCACCUCUUCAUUCGGGACACGACAACGUCUGCUUGAGUGCUAUGUAUCUGUAAGAAUAAUCUUGGUGUAUUGUGGGUUGUCAACACUUCGAGAGCGCGUUUUAUGAGAAGGAAGGCAGGGGGGGGGGGUACUCGGGUGUUCUCGUUGUUUUGGCGCGCGUUCAACUUCGAAAAUGAGUGGCAAACAAUGCGAUUGAUUGUGGUUUGUACACUACUAAUGGUACUGUACCGUGAGCCUUGUACGUGCUGCACUGCACGGUGAGUCUUGCUGUCCUCUUCUUUUUCUGGGUGAAACGAGGAACCUACUGCUCUCUUCUCGACGGUACAAUAGCUGACUACGUACUGUGCUUUUUCAUGCUGUUUUGUUCGUUCCACCUAUGUGUGUAGACUUGACACGCACACCACUGAGAAUGUGACAAAAUAGGCGAGCUCCCCGAGACCCCGCCCGUGAGCGGAAGACGAACAGUCGGCUGUUUCAAGCCAGAAAGCAAACGCACCCGUGCGUCGGGCGUAGUAACUAACUGCUGUGGCGCGACGCCGACAUCUUGUACACAAGGCGCCACGACGGGUCAGACGCAUGCUGGCAAAAAAACCCACACACAUGCAUGCAAGCAGUCUGACGUGGAGGCGUGAAACUGGUUGGGAAUGAAAGGUUUCUCAAGGAUAUAUAUACAUCCGCCCAACUUUUGCUGCUCUCAUCUCGGGAAUGUUAUACAAAUGUUAUACAAAGACAGGCACAAAGAAACGCGGAAGAUGCACACGAUGCACACCUACAACCAUAAUGGUAAUCGAACCGUUCAAGAGACAAAAUACUGCAACUAAAACGAAAACGCACCAAAAAAGUUUAGCAAGAGUAUUUUAGGAGGGAGCACGAGAGGCCCAACCGUCCGUGCGUCCAUCCGUUCAUCCCCUUUCCUCACCCGGGCCACCUAGCGCCACACACACACGCGCGGAUGCACUACGUAGAAUAUUGAAACAAGUGAAGAAAUGCAUGCACUCUCGCUGUGGCAAGGAGCCAUCGAUAACUCAUUUCUGACGGCGGCAAAAAUCCACCUCGAACUGCCGCCAUGCCUACUGCAGACGAGAGUUAUAUAUAAUAUACCCAUCCCCAACAACGAGCCCCCCCGCCGCCCACCCCAAACUACAUCCUGUUCAUAAUUUUUCUCUCCCAGCCGUUCGCGCAAAAUGUAGAUUUUUUUCAGGGUACGUGCGUGUUUUUACGCGACAAAGUAGUACUAGAGUCACCUUCUCCAUUUGAGAAUCUCGGUGAAGCACCCGGCUCGCCUUCCCUCUUCCCGAAGGGCUUUUGGUAUACCCGACCAAUCCACUUCACAUUAAAUACUUACGACGCACAGGCGUGACGGCCGGCGAAAUCUCGGGGCAGGGGUGCGACCUGGCAUUGCUUG